GCGGCGGUCCGGCAGCGGCGGGGCCCCGGGGGGCGCCCAAGAUGGCGGCGGGCGGCUCGGAGGGCGGCUCGGGCCCCGGCGCCGCCAUGGGGGAUUGUGCGGAGAUCAAGUCGCAGUUCCGCACCCGCGAGGGCUUCUACAAGCUGCUCCCCGGCGACGGCGCUGCUCGCAGGUCGGGUCCGGCCUCCGCCCAGACCCCGGCGCCGCCCCAGCCACCGCAGCCCCCGCCCGGCCCUGCCUCCGCCUCCGGCCCUGGUGCCUCGGGCCCCGCGUCGUCCCCUCCGCCCGCAGGCCCCGGGCCCGGGCCCGCGCUACCGGCCGUGCGCCUCAGCCUCGUGCGCCUCGGGGAGCCCGACGGCGCCGCGGCCGGAGAGCCUCCCGCCACGCCCGCGGGCCUGGGGGCUGGAGGAGACCGCGUCUGCUUCAACUUGGGCCGCGAGCUCUAUUUCUACCCGGGCUGCUGUCGCCGCGGGAGCCAACGGUCCAUUGACCUCAACAAGCCAAUUGACAAGAGGAUUUAUAAGGGCACCCAGCCCACCUGCCACGACUUCAACCAAUUCACUGCUGCCACAGAGACCAUCUCCCUGCUGGUGGGAUUCUCAGCUGGUCAGGUGCAGUACCUGGAUCUCAUCAAGAAGGACACCAGCAAGCUAUUCAAUGAGGAGCGGCUUAUCGACAAAACCAAGGUGACAUAUCUAAAGUGGCUACCCGAGUCAGAGAGCCUGUUCCUGGCCUCCCACGCCAGUGGCCAUCUGUACCUGUACAAUGUCUGCCACCCGUGUGCCUCGGCGCCGCCCCAGUACAGCCUCCUGAAGCAGGGCGAGGGCUUCGCCGUCUAUGCCGCCAAGAGCAAGGCACCCCGCAACCCGCUGGCCAAGUGGGCGGUGGGCGAAGGGCCCCUCAACGAGUUCGCCUUCUCGCCCGACGGCCGGCACCUGGCCUGCGUCAGCCAGGACGGCUGCCUGCGCGUCUUCCACUUCGACUCCAUGCUCCUGCGGGGGCUCAUGAAGAGCUACUUUGGGGGCCUGCUCUGUGUGUGCUGGAGCCCUGAUGGCCGCUAUGUCGUGACCGGUGGGGAGGAUGACCUGGUCACCGUGUGGUCCUUCACCGAGGGCCGCGUGGUGGCCCGAGGCCACGGCCACAAGUCCUGGGUCAAUGCUGUGGCCUUCGACCCCUACACCACGAGGGCGGAGGAAGCGGCAGCAACCAGUGGCGACGGGGAACGGAGCGGCGGCGAGGAGGAGGAGGAGCCAGAGGCCGCAGGCACAGGCUCGGGCGGGGGAGCCCAGCUCUCCCCACUGCCCAAGGCCAGUUCCAUCACCUACCGCUUCGGCUCGGCCGGCCAGGACACGCAGUUCUGCCUGUGGGACCUCACAGAAGACGUGCUUUACCCCCACCCUCCCCUGGCCCGCACCCGCACCCUCCCCGGCACGCCUGGCACCACACCGCCGGCCAGCAGCAGCUCGCGGGGUGGUGAGCCGGGCACCGGGCCCCUGCCCCGCUCGCUGUCCCGCUCCAACAGCCUUCCACACCCAGCGGGCAGCGGCAAGGCGGGUGGCCCAGGCGCGGCAGCGGAGCCAGGCACGCCCUUCAGCAUCGGCCGCUUUGCCACGCUCACGCUGCAGGAGCGGCGGGACCGGGGGGCCGAGAAAGAGCACAAGCGCUACCAUAGCCUGGGCAACAUCAGCCGGGGCGGGGGCGGCAGUGGGAGCAGUGGGGACAAGCCCAGCGGCCCCGCCCCCCGCAGCCGGCUGGACCCCGCCAAGGUGCUGGGCACCGCGCUGUGCCCGCGCAUCCAUGAGGUGCCGCUGCUCGAGCCGCUGGUGUGCAAGAAGAUCGCCCAGGAGCGGCUGACGGUCCUCCUCUUCCUGGAGGACUGCAUCAUCACCGCCUGCCAGGAGGGCCUCAUCUGCACUUGGGCCCGGCCGGGCAAGGCGUUCACAGACGAGGAGACCGAGGCCCAGACAGGGGAAGGAAGUUGGCCCAGGUCACCCAGCAAGUCAGUGGUAGAGGAUCACCCGAGGACUUUAAUUAUUGUAUAAAAGUGCCGCCUGCUGGGACAGGGAAGCUAGCCAAGAUGGUAUCUCCUCCCAACCAGGCAACUCCCCGAGCGGCACAGUGGUGUGAAGCCAUGGAUGUCAGGAUCCCUAACCCCAUGUCCCCAGCCUCCUAGCCACAACCCUCCCCGCUGACCUCAUGGAUCAACGUAUUAACAAGACUAACUGUGAUAGAUGGACUGCUCUGGUCCCCCACCCUGCACAAAUUUGGGGGUCAGAGGAUCCCUCAGACUGGCCCAGACACAGGGGAGAUGUAGGGGCCCCUUCUGGCCUCAGCCUUGUCCCCACCCACUGCCAAGUACAAUGACCCCUUCCUCUGAAACAUCAGUGUUCACCUCAUCCCUGUCCCCAGCAUGUGACUGGUCACUCCUAGGGGGAGAAACUCCCCACCCACCAGAGCCCCAGCUCUGCAGUGUGCCCCUCGGUCCCGUGGGCGGAGCAGGAGGUGGCCCACUCCUCCCCUGGUCCCCACCCCGCCCUUGCUGUUGUUUGUGCUUUUGACGAGUGUUAAAUUAUGGAAGCCCUUUGGGGUCCUCCCUGUCCCCCAGGACCUCUUAUUUAUACUAAAGUACCCUGUUUUCACA